AUGGCACAGCAGCGACAGCGGCGGCAGCAUCGUCCUCAGGCAGCAGAAUCAAGCCUUUUGAAGCUUCGCAAGCUACCCAAAUGCCAAGCCACCCAGGAUUUCCGAGCGCUUGGGUCGCCACGAGGACACGAUGGCAUGCCCGUUGACCUGCUGUCUCAAUCCACAAAGCUUUUUUUUUUUUUUUUCUUGCGACAACAAACGUUCCCGAAUCCUUCUGACCUCCCAGCCUUCCGCGACUGGUCUGACGUGGGCGACCCAGACCCUUGGGCCGCCGGGCCAAGACGGCCAGCGAAAAGCGCCCAGGAGCGCCACGGGCGGUCUGCCGCUGAACCUCAAGGGUCUCAGCUGAAUUCGGGCGGUGGCCAAUCAGACGUCACCGCCUCAAGUCAUUGA